AUGUUGGCACGAAGCCGAAACGGGAGCGCUUCUAGCAACCGCUCCGGUGCUGGUACGGGACCUACAACCACGCCUGGCACUUCGCAGCCGAAUUCGCCAGCCGGAGGAGCUCCGCGACGCAAGAAAGGGGGCCUGCUAUCGUUAUUAGGAUGUUGUGGUGUGCCUGAUAAUGCAAACACCCUGGAAGGCGGCGAGGAGCCUGUCCCGUCCCACAAGCUUGACAAGAUACCGCAACGCCAGUUGACUUCCAGCCGUAGAACGAUAACACCGUCAGACCAAACAACUGGCAGCAAGACACAGGUUUCUGAGAAGGAAAAAGAGUCCCAAGUUAUCCAACCAGAGUCUAACCAGGAGAGCUCAGCAGCCGCCAAGCGCAUUUCUGGAUCUACUGGCCAGGACCAGUCAACCCUUGCGGAAAGCGAGUCUAAGCAAACGACUCUUGUAGGAGGAACCGGCCCUAAUAUCACUGUCAACCCGCCAGUCACCGAGAAGCACGAGAAUGGCCAAGCUGCAGCGCCAGUACCCACGAAGGACGCUGAUGGCGAUGUUCAGAUGGCAGACGUGGAAUCCGCUGCUCAAGCGCCGGCAGCUAACGUAGAGGAGCAAUCCCAGAAGCAAGUCCCACCACCGCCUCCUGGCCCUGUGCCAAAUGUAGCUCCAGCUGUUCCCGAAGUUCCCACGGAAGAAGAAGCUCCAGUCGCCGUGGCUGCUCCAGAAUCAGCCCCCGAACAAAAAUGGCUUCUUCCUGCUAUUCUACCUGAACACAAGGGCAGAAAGUGUCUAGUACUGGAUUUGGAUGAAACGUUGGUACAUUCGUCUUUCAAGAUACUACACCAGGCCGAUUUCACGAUACCGGUCGAGAUUGAAGGCAACUAUCACAACGUCUACGUUAUCAAGAGGCCCGGCGUUGAUCAAUUCAUGAAGCGAGUCGGAGAGCUAUACGAAGUCGUUGUUUUCACGGCAUCGGUCUCUAAAUACGGUGAUCCAUUACUUGAUCAAUUAGAUAUCCACAAAGUUGUACACCACAGAUUAUUUCGAGAGAGCUGUUACAACCACCAAGGAAACUAUGUUAAAGAUCUUUCGCAAGUCGGACGAGACCUCAAGGACACGAUUAUCAUCGAUAACUCGCCCACAUCGUACAUCUUCCACCCUCAACACGCUGUACCAAUCAGCAGUUGGUUCUCCGAUGCGCACGAUAACGAGCUUUUAGAUCUCAUUCCCGUGCUAGAAGAUCUCGCAACCUCCAAUGUGCGAGAUGUCAGUUUGGUCCUUGAUGUGACACUUUAA